AUGUGGACGCGUACCUACCUGGUGUUGCUGGUGGUUCGCUUGUAUCUGGCUCUCCAGCCGAGCUAUAUCCAUCCGGAUGAAAACUUUCAAGGCCCAGAGGUCAUCGCAGGCAAGACGUUCGCUUUCCCUCACCAUCUGACCUGGGAGUUCACAACCGAGAAUCCCGUCCGAAGUGUCUUUCCACUAUGGCCGGUAUACGGCCUUCCGAUGGUGGUGCUCCAUUGGAUCUGGUCAGAACUAGGUACAAACGAGGUCCCUCCACAGGUUGUCUACUAUACGCUACGAAUCCUGAUGUUCAUCUUGAGCUUCGUACUGGAAGAUUGGGCAGUACAUGAACUCGUUCAAUCUCCCGGACAUCGAAGGCUGGCCGUUACAUUGGUCGCGUCCUCAUACGUGACCUGGACGUACCAAACACACACCUUCUCCAAUUCCGUCGAGACCCUGGUUGUGGCAUGGAGUCUGGUCAUGGUCCAGCGGAUUCUCGACAAUAAACCUUCAUCUAUUGCCACAUUUCUUCCGCAGGUACAAUCACUCGUUCCCCCAGGAACUCGAAAUCAUACUUACCAGUACAGACCCUUUUCUCUUCUUGUCCUCUCCAUCGCUACCCUUCUCACGAUCAGUCUCGCCAUCGUCGUAGACACAAGCUUCUACCAAACAGAUAGCCCACUACUCAAUACUCUUCUCACCAAUCCCACUUUCACACCCCUAAACUCUCUCCUCUACAAUACCCAGACCUCCAACCUUGCCACGCAUGGUCUACAUCCACACUACCACCACCUCGUCGCUUCUCUACCCCUCCUCCUGGGUCCAGCCCUCUACCUAUUCAUUACCGCUCCUAUCAGAAAUGUUCCGCGCUUGCCUGUGCUGUCGGCGAUGUCCGGAAUACUCCUCCUCAGCUGCAUACCUCACCAAGAACCACGCUUUCUACUACCUGCCAUACCGCUUCUACUUUCAUCAAUACACCUACCAAGAUCUAAAUCGUUGACGAAAUACUGGCUGGCAGCCUGGAUAGGGUUCAAUAUUUUGUUUGGCGUCCUCAUGGGAGUAUACCACCAAGGCGGUGUGGUCCCCGCACAAACAUGGCUAGGGCAGCAGACCAAACUUGGGGUAAGCAUGGGAGAGGUUUUUUGGUGGCGUACCUACAGUCCACCCAUUUGGCUCCUGGACCACAACCCUAUACGGACCACCGAUUUGAUGGGCAUACCUUUCGCAACACUACAAACGCAGGUCGAGACGGCUCUCGGGUCAGAAUGCAACCCGAACGAAAGCGUUGGACUCGUUGCGCCGUACUCUAGCAUGGAAAUCGAUCACUGGAUUGUAACAAGCGCUGAGAAUCAGGCGUUCGCGUUUGAGGAGAUUUGGAGGUAUGGUCAACAUCUGAAUCUGGAUGACUUGGAUAUUGGGGAGGAGGGAAUUUGGAGGACGCUAGGAAGGGUGGUAGGGAGAAGAGGGUUGGUCGUUUGGAAGGUUAGGAGGGUGUGUGGAGUCCGCAUGGGGGAGGAGGUAAGGGGAAUUAUGCGUGAAGACUGGUAG